AGCUCCAAUGAUCGACAAUUUUUUUCUCUAAUUAGAGAAAAUAAGAGUUAUAAUACGAUUUUUUAAUAUGGCUAUACUGUGGCUCAGACAAUACGCUUCCUGCUGUCAUCCAGUGACAUUUGAAAGAAAUCCGCCAUUUUUUUUACAAAUGGCCGUGUGAGAACUUAGUUCGGCUAGUGUUCCUCAUAAAAUAACGGCAUUUCUAAGCGGAUUCUGUAAGAACAUGGCUCCGAGAAAAAACUACACUCUCGACCAGAUUGAAAAAGCAGUUGAAGCUGUUAAGAAUGGAGAAAAGAUAGCAAGUGCUGCGCAACGUUUCGGAGUACCAAGAAUUACUCUUCAUGACAAAAUAACACGAAGAACUUCCAUUGGUUGUAGUAUGGGGCCAAGUACCAUCUUAACAAAAGUAGAAGAAGAAAUUUUAGAAAAAUGGUUAUUAACUUUAGCUGAAAAGCAUAUUCCCCUAACUAAAGACUGUCUACUGGACAGUGUUCAAAAACUAAUAAUUAAUCAAAACAGGAAAAAUCCUUUUACUAAUAAUAGGCCUGGUAAGAAAUGGUUUCACUCAUUCAUGAAAAGACAUCCAAACUUGUCACAAAGAGUACCAGAUAACUUGUCGAGAGCUCGAGAUAAUGUAUCGGAGGAUAACAUUAGGACCUGGUUUAAAGAAAUCGAAAGUUAUUUAGAAGAACAUAACUUAAAAAAUAUUCUAAACAACCCACACAGGCUAUUCAAUGCAGACGAAAGCGCGUUUUUCUUGUCGCCGAAACCUGAUCGUGUUAUCUGCAAAAAAGGAGAUAAACACCCUUAUAGUAAGUGUGGUGAUGAGAAGGACAACCUUACUGUCCUUAUCACGGGAAAUGCAGCCGGAGUCCUUGCCCCUCCAAUGAUCGUAUUUAGUUAUGAACGAAUUCCUUCGUCAGUUGCUGCUAGUGUUCCCGAUGAAUGGGCAAUAGGUAAGUCAGAAAGUGGGUGGAUGUGCAGCAGCACCUUCUAUGAAUAUGUGACUAAUGUUUUCAACCCUUGGUUAGAGCAAAAUAAUAUUGAAUAAAUAUGUAACUAUUGUUGAUUUCCCUAAUUUGUACUUAUUUAAUCUUAUCAGAGUGUAUAGUUUUAUCAAAAUAAAACAGUAUUCAAGAUUAAAGCUUAUUUUGGUGAAGAUUUUUAAAGUUUGUAGUCAGUGUUAUUAGACUUGACAUAUUUUAUAAAAACAAUGUAUGAGUACCUAAACAUAAAAGACAAAUAAAUUAAUACUUACUGAAUUG